AUGUCAACAUACUUGUCUAUUGUUAUAGCGAAAUCACGUGUGAACCCUGUUAGACCAAUGGCACUACCACGUUUAGAACUAGUCGCUGCAACGAUCGCAACCCGUUUAGCCGAUUUUGUGCUAAAGGCAUUAACAAAUGUCAAAAUCAACAAAUGCGUACUGUGGUCAGACAGUCAAAUCACUAUUCACUGGAUCAGAAGUCACAAAACACUGCCUGCUUUCGUUGAAAACAGAGUACGCGAAAUACGCACCGGUUCGUUUGACGACAUCAAAUACUGUUCUGCGGAAGAAAACCCAGCUGACUUACUGACUCGCGGAAUAACUACCAAUGAUCUUAAUCGUUCUAAACUUUGGUGGGAAGGACCACAUUGGCUUAAAGGCGGCAAAUAG